AUGGCCCCCAUAGUACCGACUCCAGACUGGGUGAAGGCCCUCAAGCCCUCGGGGCCCCAGGGCUCGGAACUCCUUGCCAAGGAGCGCGCCCAGAGCAGCGUCCCCGUCGAGAAGCUCUCCGAGUUCAUGUUCUCCAAGGAGGCCCUGCAGCGCAAGCGGAAGGUCCUGGAGAUCCUCGAGGCCGAGAAGGUCUUCGACAAGUCUCAGAACUACUUCCAGGGCCGCAUUGACCGCAUCGAGACGUCUUUGGCAAGAGCGAAGCGGCUGCGCCAGUUGACCGUGCAGCACGGCUGGAGCGAGGACGAGUUCCGCAGUGCCGUCGACCUGAUCAGCGAGCCCACCCCCUACGGCCUGCACGAGAGCAUGUUCCUGGUCACCCUUCGCGACCAGAGCACCCCCGAGCAGCAGAAGCUCUUCUACGAAAAGGCGGCAAACUACGAGUACAUGGGCUGCUAUGCCCAGACCGAGCUCGGCCACGGCUCCAACGUGCGCGGCCUCGAGACGCUUGCUAUCUGGAACCCCGACGAUAAGACCUUCAUCAUCCACUCGCCACACUUGACCGCUGCGAAAUGGUGGAUCGGCUCGCUGGGACGCACCGCCAACCACGCCGUGGUCAUGGCCCAGCUCGUCAUCAACAACAAGCCCUACGGACCACACCCCUUCAUUGUGCCCAUCAGGGACCUCAAGACGCACCAGCCGCUGCCCAACAUCCACAUCGGCGAUAUCGGACCCAAGUUCGGUUACAACACCAUGGACAACGGUUUCCUGCUCUUCAACAAGGUCAAGGUUCCCCACGUCAACAUGCUGGCCAGGUUCUCCAAGGUCGACCCCAACACUGGCAAAUACAUUCGCCCCGAGAGGCCCGCUUUGGUCUACGGCACCCUGACCUGGGUCCGCAGCAACAUUGUCAUGCAAGCCGGUGGUACCCUUGCACGUGGUGUUACAAUUGCGACGAGAUACUGCGCCGUCCGCAGACAGUUCCAGGACAAGGACUCGACAGACAAGAAGGCCGGUGAGAGCCAGGUUCUGGACUACACCAUGGUGCAAGUCCGUCUCCUGACGCUUCUGGCUGCCACCUAUGCUCUCCAUUUCACCGGCAAGAGCAUGAUGGCGCUGUACACGGAGAACCAGAAGCGAAUGAGCCAGGACGUGGGCAAGGUGGGUAGCACUGAGCGGGGUGCGGGCCCUGAGGAGUUAAAUUCCGGAAGCGACCUGCUCGCAGACCUGCACGCCACAUCAUGUGGCCUGAAGUCUCUUGCGAGUUCGACCGCCGCUGAGGGUCUCGAGGUGUGCCGUCGGGCAUGCGGUGGCCACGGCUACAGCAGUUUCUCUGGUAUCGGAACUUGGUACGCAGACUACCUUCCGACGGUCACCUGGGAGGGUGACAACUACAUGAUCACCCAGCAGGUUGCACGCUACCUCCUGAAGUCUGCCCGCAGCGUGCUCAAGGGCGAGAAGCCUACGAACGACACGACGACGAUCCUCAAGACCUUCCUCGACAAGUCGGACAUGGGUGCAGCCUUCGACGUGCUGGGCAAGGACGAAGACAUCGUGGCCGCCUUUGCCUGGCGCGCGGCGUUCCUUACAUUCGAGGCGCUGAAGCACCGCGACGAGCAGAAGCGGGCGUGGAAUGACCUCCUCGUCGACUUCUACCGGCUCAGCAAGGCGCACUCGCAGUACCUGAUCGUCAAGAACUUCUACGAAUCCCUCCAGGCGACCGAGUUCAACCGCGAGCUCGACCCGGAGACGCAGACGAUCAUGUACAAGCUGUUCCGGCUGUACGCGCUGCACACGCUCGAGAGCGAGGCGUCCGAGUUCUACACGUCGAGUGCCGUCACGGUGCGCCAGAUCCAGCUCGCGCGCACCAAUGCCGUCAUGAAGCUGCUCGCCGAGAUCCGCCCCCACGCGGUGCGCCUCGUCGACGCGUGGGACUUCCCUGAUUGGCAGCUCGACAGCUCGCUCGGUCGCGCGGAUGGCAAGGUGUACGAGGACAUGUUCCACCGCGCUAGCGAGCUCAACCCGCUGAACAGCAUCACGUUUGACCCUUACCCGGAUUCGCCCGUGCUGUUCAAGGAGAACAAGAGCCAGGAGUAUAAGAGCAAGCUGUAA